UCUUCCUCCUUAUCUCGCGCGCGCCGCUCUCUCGCGUCUCGCCGUCUUGUUUACGCGUGCGAGCUACGCGCUCACCGCCGCCACCACCACCGCCACCACCACCGCCAUCGCCGCCACCACCACCACCACCAUCGCCACCACAAUCAUCACCAACGUCGCCACCACAAUCGAGCCACUGCUGCUGCUUCAUUCAUUCAGCUCCAGAGCGGCCGCGACUGACGGCGAGCAAGCGACUGUAGCGCUGUCGCUGCUGUGAAACCUCUUUCACCUCCGCCUCAUCCCCAACAUCAUCAUCGUCAUCACCAUCACUAUUUCGCGAAUCGCUGUCAUCUCCCCGACCGCUCUGUAAGCAGAGCGCAGCCUCGACUCGACAUUUUUAUCAGCGACUGAUCAACACAGCAGCAGCAGCAACAGCGAGCCAUUCUCAUCUGCCUCCUCCUCAUCAUCAUUAUCGGCAUCGGUUGACCAGUUCACCAAGACGAGGAAUAAUCUGUCCACUCAACCGACGACCUUAACCACCCAUCCACUCACUUUAACUACCAUCCACUCAACCACUCACCAUCCAUCCAUUUGCCCAGCCACCUACCCAACCACUCAAUCAUUUAUACACCUAAACAAACAGCCAACCAUCCACCCACCCACUCAACCACCCACUCAACCACCCACUCAACCAUCCACUCAACCACCCACCCACACACUCAACCUACCACCCACCCACUCAACCAUCCACCCACCCACUCAACCAUCCACCCACCCACUCAACCAUCCACCCACCCACUCAACCAUCCACCCACCACUCAACCAUCCACCCACCCACUCAACCAUCCACUCAACCAUUCACUCACCCACCCAACCCUCCCCCUACCCACCAAACCCCCUACCCACCGAACCAUCAUAUCUUCACCCACCCAUUCAUUCAUCCGCGAACGGUGGCUGUUACCGGUUAGACCGGACGCGGCGGUCAAAAACACCGGCGCGGCGCCUCUCUCCGCACUCAGCCCCCCCCCUCCUCCUCCCCCAACGCAUUUGCUUCCCAGCGGCCCCCACUGAGUAAUCUCGGGGCUCCCAGCCAGAGACCCUCCUGCUGCUGCUGCUGCUCAGGGACCCCCCCCCCCACAAGCCGGCUCGGGGACGCGGCGAGAGGAGAGGACAUGCCGCGCGGGACGACGCCAUGAGACUCAGGAAUGGAACGGUGGCAACGUUCCUGGUCCUGGCGACCUUCGUGUCGGUGUCUCUCUACACGACGUGGCAGACGCAGAAAGAUGACGAGGUGGCGGGGUACCAGCGUGAGCUGCAGUCCGUGCACGAGCGGUUGCUGCUGCUGGAGACGAAGAGUGCCCAGCGCUCGCGCGAGCUCGCCUCCGUGCUGCACGGCCUGCAGCGCGGCAACCGCAGCAACGACGGUGCCGCGAAGCGAGAGAAGCGUGUGCCGCUGGUCGUCGGCGGUGGCGGCGGCGGCGGCGUUGCCGCGGUCCCCGGCGUCAGCGGCGGCGGCGUCGUCGUCGGCGUCAGCCGCGGCACCGCAGCCCCCCGCGAGGCGGAGGGGCCCAUGGGCGGAAUCUUCUACUACCUCCCUCACCUGCUGCUGCCGCCGGGCCGUGGCCUCGCGCCGGCCGUGCACCUCACACAGGGCCGCAUGGGUGUGUCGGUGGUGCUGGGUGUGCCGACGGUGAGGCGCGCCGUGCAGACCUACCUGAUGGACACCCUCGCGUCGCUCACCCAGGAGCUCUCGCCCAACGAAAAGAGGGACUGCCUCAUCAUCGUCUUCAUCGCAGAGACAGACCUGAGCUACGUGAACACGGUGGUGGAGCAGCUCAAGAAAGGGUUCCAGCACGAGCUGGACACGGGCCUUCUGGAGGUCAUCAGCCCUCCCGUCGGCUACUACCCCGACAUGGGCAGCCUCAAGCAGACGUUUGGAGACUCGCUGGAGAGAGUCAGGUGGAGAACCAAGCAGAACCUCGACUUCUCCUUCCUCAUGCUCCACGCGCAGCCCCGCGGGAGAUUUUUCGUACAGCUGGAGGAUGACAUCGUGGCGAGGCCCAACUACCUGACGACCAUGAAGAACUUUGCAGAGCAGCAGCCGUCCGACGAGUGGAUCAUCCUCGAGUUCUCGCAGCUGGGCUUCAUCGGUAAGUUGUUCAAGGCGUCGGACCUGAACCCGAUCGUGGAGUUUUUCCUGAUGUUCCACAAGGACAAGCCCAUCGAUUGGCUGCUCGAUCACUUCCUGUGGGUCAAGACCUGCAACCCAGAGAAGGACGCGAAACACUGCGAGCGGCAGAAGGCGAAUCUCCGCGUCCGCUUCAAGCCGUCGCUGUUCCAGCACGUGGGUACCCACUCCUCGCUGUCAGGCAAGAUCCAGAAGCUCAAGGAUCGCGACUUUGGGAAGCAGCCGCUGCACAAGGCGCACCCGAACCCGGCGGCGGAGGUGAGCACGAGCCUCAAGAUGUACCAGCAGUACACGCUGGAGAAGGUCUACCUGGGACAGGACUUCUUCUGGGCCUUCACGCCCGUCGCCGGCGACUUCAUCCUCUUCCGCUUCCACGAGCCCAUCCGCGUUGAGAGGUACCUGUUCCGUAGCGGGAACAUCGAGCACCCGGGCGACAAGCUGUUCAACACGAGCGUGGAGGUGCUGCCCUCCCUGAGUCCCGACUCGGGCAAAGAGACGCUUCAAGACACCAAGGAUCGCUCGUCCAAGUACGUGCGGACGGAGGACGGCUUCUUCCGCAUCGGAGCGUUCGUGAAUGGCGCCGCUGAGGGAGAGGUGGAGCAGGGUCUGGGCCCCAUCACGGCUCUGCGUCUCUCCAUCAUCACCGACUCGCCCGUCUGGGUCAUCCUCAGCGAGAUCUACAUCAAGAAGGCAGCGAGGUGACGGUGACACGGAGGCCCCCUCCCCCCGCGCCUCCUCCUCCUCCGUCGUCGUCACUGCCGCGGCAGCGAAGAGGAACUGGGACUGGUGUCGAACCUCCGCCCCUCGUCUCGGCCACAACGCCCGUCCCUCCCCGAGCCGUCGAAGGCGCCUGGGAGGGGAGACGACCGCCAAGGGUGGAGAAGCGAGGAGAAUCAACCUCGAGUUUUGGAGGGGGGGGGGGGGGAAGCCGAGAGGAGGAGUGGACACAAUCAGAACUCCUGGAUCUUGCGAUUUGAGAUGUUUUGGGGGAUUAAAGAAAGGCCUCUUUCAGCCCCCCCCCCCCACCCCCAUUGAGUUGUUUUGGGAACGCAAAAACGUUUUGUUGUUGUCUCCAAAGCUACCGGCCUCGUCUUGGGCAACUGGUGAAUAAGUUAUGAGAGAGGGUGACUAUUUAUGUUUAAAUUAGUAUUUUCAUUUAUCGACGCCGUUCAUGCCGUGUGGUGGCAUGGGGGUGUGGUGGUGGGUGUUUAGCGGUGGGGGGUGAGAUGAUACAGAUCCGUCGAGCGAGAUCGAGCCUUGUGCUCGGGGUACACGCCGUGGAGAAUCGCAGUGUGUGCUGAAGAAGUGGGGGUGUGUGUCUAAGGAUCAAUGUCUCUCUUUCAAUUCGUAAAUGAACCUUAUGGCGAGACCCCCGGGGUCCACGAAUAAAUUGAAGUCAAAAUCUUAAUCAGUUAAUUAAUUGAUUUUUGGCGACUCCGUCCCACCGCGCGCAUGAACGCCGCGACCCACCUGGCGCGGAUCAUUCUGUUGUGAUGUCCAAGUGCGACGAAUGCGCAGAAGAGCUGAACAAGCGAAUGCACUCCACGCUCGGGUACGGGCAGGAUCAUAAGUCUUAUCCAAAGCUGCUCAACCUGCCUACACGACUAAAGUAAUUUAUUUGUCAUAACGGGAUGCAUAAUACAGUGAAACUGCUCUCUUAUCUACAUUAUUUGUGACGUACCAAUGUCUGCAGCCAGGAUCAAUCGAUGACAAUCCUAUUACCUGCAGAUAUUUAACAGAUGAGAUGCGUUGCACCGUUAAUUCCUUCUGUUUGAUAAUACUUCUCUUGUCCGUAUGCAUCUGUGCAGAUAGGUUUUUUUUGCGGUUAAGCCAUAGUCCCCACAUACCGCUCGUAUCAAUGCGGAUAAGAGGAGCGGCGACCCACUACUCUGUAGAGUAACAUUGGUGUGAACGCUUGUGACAAUAUGAACAGCGCAUUGAAAACGCGUACUAUUGUAUGUACUGUUUACAAAGUGUGUUCACAAAUCCACACUGAGAAGAAACACGAUGAUUGACAGAGGGGUGUAAAUUAUUUUUUCGAUAGUGGAUUUAAAUAGAGGGACUGCAGGUAAGUAGUUUUCCGUUUUAAAGGCAUAGUUUAACAAGACAAAACUUGCCACCAUCCUUCAAACCCAUUGGUGAAAAAGAGCAACGUUUUUGUUGACAUAAUAAUAUAAUGUUUAUAUUAUAUAAUGUUUAUAUUAUAUAAUGUUUACAUUAUAUAAUAUUUACAUAAUAUAAUGUUUACAUUAUAAUAUAAUGUUUAUGCGAGACUCGGGGGCUAAUGGUCCCGCCAUAAGGUUCAUAGAACCAGUGCUUAAUUCCUCAAUCCAUACUUUCCGGAACGCUGUUUUAGGCUGGCUUGAGAGUAGGGAUUACCGACAUAAGGCACUACAACUGCAGUACAAGGUACGCCUAUCCGGUAUAACCCUAUAUUAUUGCACCUUUCCGAUAAUCCCACGAAAAAAGGUCUAUACGAAUUAGGACAAAGUACGGCGUUGUGAGAUGGAUGCGGCGCGUGCCAAAAUAAUUUCCGGAACGGUGUUCCCGACCAGUCUUGCUCUGCUGAAAUUAUGCAUCGUAUGUGUGUGUGCGUGCGUGUGUGUGUGCGUGCGUGCGUGCGUGUGUGUGUGCGCGCAUCUGUGCGUGUGCGUGCGUGUCGUUGCAUGCAAUGGAUUUGGCACGACGCAGUGCAUCCGCCAGAUUCUCCCAAAGCGAGGCGGUCGGCAACCAAACAUAACGAGAAGAUAACAAAAAAAAUUCGAAUUGUGUAACAAACCAACCCCCACCCCCCACAAUUUCUAGAGCCGCCAAUGCACUGCGGUGAAUAGAGGCGGUCCUUGAUAUACAACGUCCAACCAUCCUUGUUGUAACCCCUAUGUUAAGAACGGCACACGCACAACAGUUUGUAAUGCGGCACAUCUUCACUGCAGGAUGCUCGCAAACGUUUUCCGUAUUCUGUAUCCGCACACUUUACGCGUGUGUGUGUGUGUGUUUGGACCACAAUCUUCCUGACCGUCUCACUCCCGAACGCUCUCUCUCUCUCUCUGGAGGACGUUACAUGCCACCCGCUUCCACCUGUCAGAUACAGUAAGCAUACAGAGACACCAAUUGUAUUGUUGCAAAGAAAUACACUGUUUAAUGUGAGGUUAAUAUCAAUGAAACGGGAUAUUUAUAUUUAGAAUCUUAAGUAAAAGCGGACUGAUAAACGAAACGAAGGAGCUAAUUUGAAGUAUAGGAAUACGUUUCAGACUUGUCAAUAUUUUCUAGCAAAUGCACAGCUAAAGUGAGUUCGCAUCAAUGACACGGGAUGUUUAAUUACGUAAAAGCAUGUUAAGUUAUCUCGUAAAAAAACGUGUUCAACUUUUUUUUUACGUUCGGAGCGUUAGGCUGUCGUUUAGCAUUUUCGAGCGGGACUGUAGACAUUCAUGGUUUCGGUUUUGCUUCUCAGUUAGACUUUUUUUUUAUGAAAUCCAUAUUUGAUAAACGCGCACGUACGUUUAAACUUCUUUCACACCGUACGUAGCCACACCGUGCUGAUCCGGAUGUGCUUGCAAAAGUCAGUAGGUUCGAAGCUGGAUGGAAUGCCAGACGCAUAUUAUCUCUUCACGUUGCUAAAGGCAUCCGGUAAAGAAUUCCUAUUUUUACGAUCAAUAAUUUUAGUCCAUUGAUAUUGACGGUGCCAGGGUAGAUUUGUGGCUUUCUGUAUUUUCGAGUUAGGUCACCAAGCCUCUGUAUUAGGAACCCCCACGUGUCCUCUGCCCUGCACAUCGGCAAAUUCCACUCUUGUUCGGUCCACUCCUGUAAAAUGCUGAAACGUUGACGAGCCGAGGUUUUCGGCAUUCAAGGGGUUUCAACAUUUUUCGAUGUAAAGCUUUCGUGACUGCAGGGAUUCAUCUUCUUGGUUAUUUCGGUAAAGUCACGUAGAAGGGAAAUAAUAAAAUAAUAAAAUGAAACAUAAUAAAAUACAAUUCUCACGACGUUUCGGCCACAAGGCAAGCAGCCGUCCUCAGGUGAAGAACAGGUCUGUCGGAAAGACGCUAUCUUUCCGACAGACCUGUUAUUCACCUGUUUUAUUUUUAUUAUUUUAUUAUUUCCCUUCUACGUGACUUUACCGAAAGAACCGAGAAGGGAGUUUCAACAUUUUUUUACAAAAAUUCUCUUUUCCUUUACAAAGCGCGGAAAUCGCCUCGCAAAGGUUUUCUCGCGUUUUCAGUAUCGCGGGUCCGAGGUUCUCAACGUUAAGCUCAAGAGUUGCGUUGCCUCUUUAAAUCGCCCCCGUGACAGGAGACUGGACCAGAGGGAGCUGUCACCGAUGUCUCUCGCAAACAACGUUAGUUUUCGCGUGUCAAACGAUCGCACCUCUUCUAAAAGCAAGAGAGCGGCGUUUUCCCUCUCCCUCGUAGCUUUCCGUUAAGGCCAAUUUUUGAAUGCGAGGUGAUGUCCACCCACCGCGCAGUGACAUUUCCGUAGCCGCGGUAGGAUCCGAUUAGCAUGGUCGACUACGUACGGCGCAAAGGAAGUUCUACACACACACACAUCAGCUCGGCGUAUUCACAAGACAUUCGUUUAUUUCAGACAGGCCACAUAACGCGCAAGCACGUUUCCACUGGAAAGCCACCUUUAUCCUGUUUCGCUGGAGAAGGUUGGAAUAUCGACGGCUGAGCCGCUUCAAGAAGUGUGCAGGACUGCUGCUGGUUCGAGCCUUUGCCAUUCAUUUGAUCGUAGAUCUGUAUUAACCAGGGGUCAUCACGACACCCGUAAUCUCAGAUGGUUGGAAACGUUGUGCACGGAGUGCUUGUUUUGUGCUUGUUUUGUGUUUGUUUUGAAGCCAUUCCAACCCCGCUUUAAUUAUGCCAAUUUUUUUUCUUCACAUUUUACUAGAUUGAAAAUGCGCGGUGUCUUUGGCAGAGCAAACGCCGCAAUGCCUCCCCUUUGAAAUAAUCGAGACUUUAUUGGCAACAUGGUCAAAACACGGAGACUUCCGAUUUAAGCACGGUUGGUGGCGACGAAGGAAGUUCAGCAUACUAAAGUAUAAAUAGAAACACACAUACGUACAUAUUUCAGGGGAGGGGGGGGGGAAUAAUUCAACGUUUAAAAAAAUAUUAUAUCGUUUGCCGUUGCGAUACGAGUUGUUCUUUGAGCCGUUUAUCGAAAAUUGAUUACGAGGGUUUUUUUUAUUUUGCUCUGCGACUAUUGCGUCGGGGAGCACAAACCGAAUCCGACUGCUGCUCCAAAAAGUAAAAAAAAACACAAUCAAUACUGCAUCUGUAUCGUUUACAUCCCCUGAGGGUUUAGUAGUCAAAGACACUGGAAACGGGGUUUUAGGCAUUGGAUUUAAAUGUUAAGAGCGUUUCUGGAAGUGUGUGUUUUUUUCUUCUUCUUCUCAGAAGGAAUCUGUUGUGUAUAUAUAUAUUUUGCUGGACAAAGGUGGGAGCUGGUUGAUUGACCAAGAAAUACACUUUAUAUUACGAUGA